AUGAAGCUCCUUUGUGCCGGGCUAGUGUUGAUUGUGGCGGUGCUUCAUGUUGGCCACACGCUUACACCGAUCGAUUCGCCGGUCGAUAUGCUGGCGGAAGAGAGUCAGCUUCACAACGAUCAAACCGUGGCGGAAGUCAACGACGAGACUGUGCGGGAAAAGCGAGGACUGAAAUAUCAGUAUCACUACAAGGAAAAGAGCUUCGGUGGAGGAUUGCUGCCGUUCAAGCAUACGGUCGAGAGGAAGGUCCACAUCAAGCACGGACACCAUGGGCUGCUCGGUGGACACUACCGCGAGGUGACCAAGAUUGGAUUUGGAGUUGGAUUGAUAGGUCCGUACAGCGGAUACGGUGGAUUAGGAUACGGAGGAUACGGUGGUUACGGCGGAGGAUAUGGGCAUGGCUACGGUGGAUAUGGUGGAUAUGGUGGAUACGGUGGCUACGGUGGUUACGGGCAUGGUUAUGGAUACUACCGACGAAGACGUCCAUUCUUCGCUCCGCCUGCUAUAUUGGUUGGAUAA